UUAAUUUGAAAAUGCUUUUAAUUUUUUUGUUUCAUUACCGCGAUUCGAUUAAAUAAGUAACAAAUUAAUUCUGGAAAUCGUUUUGAUAAUAAUUAUUUCGCGACUCGCACAAUUAAUCAGAUUAUUACAUAACUAUAAGACAUUUUAGCGUUGCUUUGAACAUUUUAUGUAUAAGUAAAUAGUAUAAAUAAUCAUGGUAAACAGAGUCCGCUUAUGAAAACAGCGGCAUUGGUAUAUGCCUAGCAUUGGUGAUGUCCAUAAGUGACAUGUCCAAAAUAGGAAUUGCAGUAGCAUAGCCGUAUUAUUCCUGCGAGAGAUCGCAGGUUCGAGAUGCGGCACCAGUGAUGCCAAUUCAGUAAGGUGCUUUCGAUAGGUGCGUUAGAAAAAAAGGUGAAGUGUUACAGAGUUAAGUUUAUGAUACGUACCUAACAUGUAACACGAAUGACUAUACAAAAUACAAUCAGAUAGAUGACAAGGCUAUUUACCCUAUAUUAAAAAAAACUUAGCUUAUCGCCUAAAUAAUAAAGUUGUUCUUUGAACGUUAUGAUAUAUUAAAUUCAUAACUAAACCUACCUUUACUUUUAAUAUUACGUUAAUUCUUUUUGAUAUUACGAAAAUUCACAUAAAAUAAAAUAAAAAUGAAACAUAUAAAACCAGAGAUUAAACAGUAAAAAUAGUUUUAAUUAUGUCUAAGAAGACUAUUGAAAACCGAAGAUAACAACAACAACAUUAAACUCAAAUAACAUAAAUCGACCAAACACUACAAAUAUCUAACCGACCUUGAUCUAUAACGUAAACCAAGCCAGUUAUCCAGCAGAGGGAGAAAGCCUUUCCCCGUGACCUUCAAACAUAAUGUUCCCGGUCCCAGUUCAAAACUAUCGUUCUUGUUAACAACACUGAGCUCGUGUCACUGUGUCCUUCAAACUAUAAUUUACUAUCAACUAAGAAGAGUCUGUCUCGAAAUGAUUAUAAAUUUGGUAACCUUGGCGAUUUAUCUAAAAUUCACAAUGGGCGGUGUCUUGGAUCCAGCCUUAUAUCUUGUACCGAGCCCACCGUUCACAGAAAAAUCUCCAAACGAGAAAUGGUCAAGAUCUGAUGAUCACAGAAUAGAAAGGGAUACUUCCACGGAAUCAGCGCCAGCGAGCGGUUACGUUACAAAUAAAGGGAACAGUGAAGAAACUAUGACGACAUCUGAAACAUUCUGGCCUUUCGUUCGAUCAGUGAAUUAUGGUGCGACGAUCCACGUGCCUCUGUCUUUCAGCUUAUCCGGAACUUACGGGAGACCAGCGCCCGGAUCGGGUAUAAUCAGUAAUACGUAUGCAGCUAUUUCUGGACUCGCGGGCGGUGUACUCAGUAAAUCUGCACUAGCUGGAAACGGUUACAAUGCCUACGUACCGGGUUCCGGAGCUGUCAGAAUAUACGGGGGCGACAACCAACCGUCUUGGGGUGGUUGGGGAAAUGGCAAAUGGGGACAUUACGGAAAAGGCUAGGAUAAGGAUAUAUUAUACUUUUUUAGAAACCUCAAAUAAUAAACUAUUUCUAUGGGUUCCGCGUGUGAAUUAUUCCCAUAGCAUCGACAGUUUGUAAAAACAAAAAUCUAAUUGUGGUAAGAUAUAAAAAAAAAACAGAUUCUCAGGAAUAAACUAAAACUGUGUAAAGAUAAUAAAGGGAAUAAAUUGAACGCGAGACAUAAUUAUCUGCAAUAAUGUUAAAAUCUAAAUAAAAUAUGUAAAAAAUAAUUCAGUUUUUAUUUGUACACAGUAAUAAUUUUAAAUUAAAUUUUUUUACUAAAUCUUAACUUAUGUAGUUAUUUAUUAUUAAAUAUUUUAUUUAUUAUACUAUUAUUUUAUUUUAACUUAUAUAAUAACUCAUUUUCACCAUGCUUAGCGAAUAAAUGAUUUCUUUCUUUCUUUCCUUCUUUCUUAUAUAUGUUUCAUUUGAUAGGCAGGAGUGGCACAGGAUAAUCCAGGAGAAAGUUCUUAGAGGAGGCCACGACCCUCCUCAUUGAGGAUUAUCGACGCAAGGAGGAGGAGGAUUUAUUAAAAUAGUAACAUUACCAGCAUAUUAUUGUCAUAUAUAUAUAUAUUUUUCAAUCGAUUAGCGCACCGUAAUUCUUAUAUUUCCUUAGAUGAUACUUCUCGAUCUGAAGGUUGUAUGGAAGAGUUAAAUGUUAGUGAUAACACCGCUCGUAAUACUUUUUGUAUACUAAUAUUUAGCAUUUGUUUUCUUUCUACGCUGUUGUAAAAUAAAGCGUAUUAUACUCUAACUAUGUCAUUGGCUCUAAAAUUUAUAUUUAAUUAAUUAUACUUCCACCUAGUUCCAAUAAAUACAUUCCACAUACAUAAAAUGUAGUACCUACUUACUAAGCUGAACUGAUUGUACUUGCAUCAACGUCGAUCUUUCUUUGUACAAGUUAACAAUCAGUGGCAAUCAAAUGUCAGUAGUAAUUACUUAGUUUCCUGUGUGUAUCACUGAUAUAACCGCACUAUCCGGUACAUACAGCAGAAGCUUAGCAAUGGUCGCAGUUUUGAUAUUGUUCACUGUCUUUCCAACACUGAUUUUGUGUUCUGGUCAAGGCAAUAUUCAAUUACUAGAAGAUGAAAUAUCUAUCGCACUUAAGUCAUGUGCUAUUACGGAUUUGGGAGCCGGUACUCGACAAAAAAGAUCUAAUAAUUUAUAUAAUAAUGGUGGUUUAGACGGCAACUCGAAGCAAACGUCAAAGAAAUAUAUUCUCGAAAGACGUAACACUGAUGGGAGACGUGAGCAGAUUUACAAAAUUAAUACAACUGAUGACGAUUUUGAAAACGAUGCACCUAAUGAAAAACAAUGGUUUAGUUUUUCGUCACCACAAAUGGGAGGCGCCCAUCAUUACAACUCUAGAAAACUGUAUAGGGCGAAACGCAACGAACCACUUUUUAAUAAAUCUGACACUGACCAGUGCCUUAGUCAAUGUGUGUUUGCCAAUUUACAAGUGGUGGAUCCGCAUGGUAUCCCACGUGAAGCUGAAUUGUGGAACCUUGUGCAGUCUUCAAUCACAUCCCAACAGUCACGUGCUGCUUUACAUGACCAAAUACAUGCUUGCUUUCAAGAACUACAAUCCGAAACCGAAGACAACGGAUGUUCAUAUUCAAACAAACUAGAAAAAUGUCUCAUGUUGCGCUUCGCUGAGAGAAAAGAGAAGAAUAUGAAAUCAAGAAAUUCUAACUAGCAGACUUCUUUUAUUUUUGUUGUGUUGGUUUAUGCCGUCUAAUAAUAUUUAAUAGCAAAAUUGUAAUGAUCCAUUUGUAUUCGAUCAUAAAGUGUGUAUAAACUUAAUAAAGUUUUGAAAACA